CCCAUUUCAUGCUUGAUUUUGUGCUUAUUUUGAUUCUGCCAGUCCAUCAGCAGCCAUUAGUACUUUUACUGCCUCCCUGCCCCUUCCCAUCCCACACACACACACACACACCAACGCACACAGACACACAAUCUUCCCUCUUCAGCAUGUUUUCAGUUUUCCUCCCUCUUUCACCCAAAUCUCUCCAUUUUCUUUUAUUCCCCGCUUUCAUUCUCACUCCCUUUCGGGCCAACAGAGACCAGUUACCAUUAGCUGGAUGUUGAUCAGUGGAUUCAGCGGGUAAUUCCUCGCUGUGGAUUUAAGGUGUAAUAGACAGCAGGUUUUUAGAUAGAGACAGACUGAUAGACAGAUAAAAAUAGGUAGAACUUCACGAGCCAUUUCAUCACUACCUUCCUCUUUUCCUCUGUCACAUUUUUCCCCUUUCUCUCUGUGUUUUGUUUGAUGCUACAUCUCUACUUCUCACCGCCACACCUUUUUUGGGAGAGCUGCUUUAAAGCGUUACCGCUGCUAGUCUAUUCUCAAUUAGCCCAUAUACACAUGGACAUUUAACUGAAAAUUGCCUGUGCACUCAGCCGUAAGGUGAAAAAUUUUGCCUACUAGCAUAGGCCCACACCAGCUACUUUAGUCUCACCGCCCGCCCCCUUCUUAUGGACUGAUAAAGAGGCUUAAUGAAUCCCUCUUUCUUGAUUGUUCUGAGAGUGGGAUGUCGUCAUGAAGGAAUAUGAAGGACCGCUCGUUUUGCUCUGUCUUUGCUUUUGUGUCUCAACUCUGCUCCUCUGUAAAACAUCUCCACUACAGUCUAUAAAUUAUGUGUUACAGAAAAGAGUUAAUUAGACGAGGAGCGGGCCGGCAAGCCGAGGAUCAUGACUGGCUAAAUUAAGCAAAGGCACAGAGCGACAGAAGAAGGAAUAGAGGGAAGCAGGAGAAGAAGAAAAAGACGAAGAGUACGCGCACAUAUACACACACUGCUGCUCAUCUCCUCAUCUCCACGGCAACAGUAUUCACACACUUGCAGACUUGUGGAAGGAGACCUGCAUCACCACCUUUGGAGGAAGAGGAAAGACAAUCAGAUGGAAAAAGACGAAUGAAAGUCCGCCCGUUCGACACUCUUCGUUCACCAUCAUUCGACUUUUCUUCCCCAUAAGAGUGCUGACAUUUUGAGUUGAUGAUCCGUUUUUAAAUUCCUCUAAAACUCUCAGUGAAAAGCAUUUUUCAGCCAGUUUGGAUCUGGUUCUUUGCAGAUUAGACUUUUUGUUCUUGGUUUUUUAAACCUUACUGCUCCCCCCACCACCACCACCACUACCACUACCCCCUCACACUGAUAACAGCCCAAGCGUCACCCCUCUCCACCCAUCAAGCACAACUCUGCUCAUCCCUCAGCCUGCUAGACCUCACUUUUCAGCCCUCUGCGUGCGCCUUCGUCUGUCCACCAUCCCUUCAUCCGAGGCUAUGAGAGGAGGAGUCGAAUCCCAGAUCACUCCAUCAUGCCAGUUCUGAAGAGUAGAGAGGAGAUCCGGGCUGGCAAUGUUCAAGGGACGGCAUUUACACUCCUCCACAAUGCUUGUCAGCCUCCACCGUUCUCACUCCCAUCUUCAGGACAAGCACUUGAUCUCCCCCUCCUCCUCCUCCCCCCAUCCUCCCUCUCCUCCUCCAGACCGGUCAUCCUAUCACCCUUAUCCGUGCCCUCGGCUGACCCUGCCUUUCCUCUCUCUGUCCUUCUCUCUGCUCCUCCUCUCCAUUGUCCUCUUGCCCGUCUGCGAGUCCCGCAGGGGUGGAGGUCCAGGAACUGGGCCUGGAGGUUCCCCAGGGGGACAAGGAGGCCAGAGGGGAGGCAGCAACCAGAGGGGUGUAGUUAUCCCUCCGCAUUACUCCCCCGGCUCUCCAGCACUUCCCCCCAUCAGUCCCAAGUUGAUCAACUCGCUCAGCAUUGCUGUCAUCCUGGUGGGCAACUCUAGUGAAGUAGCCUUGGGGGCUGGACUUGAGAAGGAGGACUUCCUCCACAUCCCGUAUCCUCCCAAAGUCGAGGUGGUCACCAUGAAUGAGACCGACCCCAAAAGUAUCAUCAAUCGGAUCUGCGCUCAAAUGACAAGGAACCCACUGCAAGGCGUCGUGUUCGGUGAUGACACAGACCAGGAGGCCAUCGCUCAGAUCCUGGACUUCAUCUCUGCGCAGACACACAUCCCCAUACUGGGCAUCAGAGGAGGAUCUGCCAUGGUCAUGGCUGCUAAGGACGACCACUCCAUGUUUUUCCAGUUUGGUCCAUCCAUCGAGCAGCAGGCCUCCGUCAUGUUGAACAUUAUGGAGGAGUAUGACUGGUACAUCUUUUCCAUAGUCACCACGUAUUACCCUGGUUACCAGGACUUUGUCAACAAGGUCCGCAGCACCAUCGAGAACAGCUUUGUAGGCUGGGAGCUAGAAGAAGUCCUCCUACUGGAUAUGUCCGUGGAUGAUGGAGACCUCAAGAUCCAGAACCAGCUAAAGAAACUGCAGAGCCCUGUCAUUCUGCUCUACUGCACAAAGGAAGAGGCUACCACUAUUUUUGAAGUGGCUCAUUCUGUGGGCCUCACAGGUUACGGCUUCACCUGGAUUGUGCCCUCGCUUGUGGCUGGUGAUGCAGACCACGUUCCCACAGUCUUCCCCACAGGGCUUAUCUCAGUGUCAUAUGACGAAUGGGACUACAACAUCGAGGCCAGGGUACGUGAUGCAGUGGCUGUCAUUGCUACGGCAACCUCUACCAUGAUACUGGAUCGAGGGCCACACACCAUGCAGAAGUCAAGCUGCCUCGGGACACCUGACAAGAAGAGCUCAAACACCGGACACUCCAAGGAAAUACUGAAGUACCUUAUGAAUGUGACAUUUGAAGGCCGAAACCUGUCAUUUAGCGAAGAAGGCCACCAGAUGUUUCCCAAGCUGGUCAUCAUUCUUCUAGACAAGGACAGACAGUGGGACAGGGUUGGCAAAUGGGAGAGAGGCUCCUUGACGAUGAGGUACCACGUUUGGCCUCGCUUUGAGCUGUACUCAGGAGCGGAGGAGCGUAAGGACCACCUGUCCAUCGUGACUCUGGAGGAGGCGCCGUUUGUAAUUGUGGAGGAUGUGGACCCGCUCAGCGGGACCUGCAUGAGGAACACUGUGCCAUGCCGCAAACAGCUCAAACUAAGCAAUCAAACAGGUGAUUCAGGGAUUUACAUCAAGCGCUGCUGCAAAGGUUUCUGUAUCGACAUCCUGAAGAAAAUCGCCAAGACGGUCAAGUUUACUUAUGACCUCUACCUGGUCACCAACGGCAAACACGGCAAAAAGGUUAAUGGGACUUGGAACGGCAUGGUUGGAGAGGUAGUGGAUAAGAACGCCCACAUGGCGGUGGGUUCGCUCACCAUCAACGAGGAGAGGUCAGAGGUCAUCGACUUCUCUGUGCCGUUCAUUGAGACGGGCAUCAGUGUCAUGGUCUCCCGUAGCAAUGGGACCGUCUCCCCGUCGGCCUUUCUAGAGCCCUUCAGUGCCGACGUCUGGGUGAUGAUGUUUGUGAUGCUGCUGAUCGUGUCGGCAGUGGCUGUGUUUGUGUUUGAGUACUUUAGCCCGGUGGGUUACAAUCGCUGUCUGGCAGACGGACGAGAGCCCGGCGGCCCCUCCUUCACCAUCGGUAAGGCCAUCUGGCUGCUUUGGGGUCUGGUUUUCAACAACUCUGUCCCUGUGCAGAAUCCCAAAGGCACCACCAGUAAGAUCAUGGUGUCAGUGUGGGCCUUCUUUGCUGUCAUCUUCCUGGCAUCCUACACUGCCAACCUGGCUGCCUUCAUGAUCCAGGAGGAGUACGUUGACCAGGUGUCAGGCCUGUCAGACAAAAAGUUCCAGAAGCCUAACGAAUUCUCGCCGCCGUUCCGGUUCGGCACGGUGCCCAAUGGGAGCACAGAACGCAACAUCCGCAACAACUACCGGGACAUGCAUGCCUACAUGACGAGCUUCCACCAGAAAAAUGUAGACGAAGCCCUGUACAGUCUGAAGACUGGCAAAUUGGAUGCCUUCAUCUAUGACGCUGCAGUGCUAAACUACAUGGCUGGCAGAGAUGAGGGGUGUAAGCUGGUCACCAUCGGGAGCGGCAAAGUGUUUGCUUCCACCGGAUACGGCAUCGCCAUCCAGAAAGACUCAGGGUGGAAACGGGCCGUGGAUCUGGCUAUUCUGAUGCUAUUUGGAGAUGGUGAGAUGGAGGAGUUGGAGGCCCUCUGGCUGACGGGCAUCUGCCACAAUGAGAAGAACGAGGUGAUGAGCAGUCAGCUGGACGUGGACAACAUGGCAGGGGUCUUCUACAUGCUCGGGGCUGCCAUGGUUCUGUCAUUCAUCACCUUCAUCUGUGAACAUUUGUUCUACUGGCAGCUGCGCUUCUGCUUCAUGGGCGUGUGCUCUGGAAAGCCCGGACUCACCUUUUCCAUUAGCAGAGGUAUCUACAGCUGCAUCCAUGGAGUCCAAAUCGAGGAAAACAAGUCCACCAUAGACUCCCCCUCAUCCACCAUAAAGAAGAACAUGAACAACACUCACUCGAACAUCCUGCGGUUGCUCCGCACUGCCAAGGACAUGACUGCCGUUCCGGGCGUUAACGGCUCUCCACACGCCGCCCUGGAAUAUAGCCACAGCGGCCGUGAGUCGGCUAUAUACGAUAUCCAGGAGCACCGGCGCAGCCUGGUGGGUCACCCUGUAGACUGCAAGUCUGCGCCACCCUACAUGCCAGAGGACAACAUGUUCAGUGACUACAUCAGCGAGGUGGAGAGGACUUUUGGCAACUUGCCCCUGAAGGACAGCAACUUGUACCAGGACCAUUACCGGCACCACCACCCGGCUCUGGGUAUGUCCGGCCCCCCGCCAAAUAGGCCGCGUAGCUUAGGCAGCGCUAGCUCGUUGGAGGGGGGCAUGUUCGAUUGCGACAGUUUGGGGGGAGGGGUAGCGCCUAUCUUCACCACCCAGCCCCGCCCCUCCAUGACUCACAGGAAUACCAGUAAAUUUGACCUGAUCGCUGGCCACACCCCUGCGGAUUCCAGCCAGGGUGGGUUCAAGGGCAGCAAUGUGUACGGCAGGUUUUCUUUCAAAGGAGGUGCAUCCAGCACGGGGCUCAUCGGGGGGCAUGACAGGUACUGUGGGGGUGGGGGAGGCUCAGGGGGUGACGAUGGGAACAUUCGCUCUGAUGUGUCGGAUAUCUCCACGCACACCGUCACCUACGGCAACCUGGAAGGAAACGCCAAGCGGCGUAAGCAGUACAGGGACAGCCUGAAAAAGAGGCCAGCCUCUGCCAAGUGCAGACGGGAGCAGGACGAGAUAGAGCUGAGCGGCUUCAGGAGGAGACCCCACCACCACACCGUCCACCACCACUUCCCCCACGGGCCCCAGGCACACCGCACGGUCUCACCUCCCCUGGAGCGGAAGAGGGGAGGAGGAGGGGGUAAUGCUUCACCUUACUUAUUCCGCAGGGAUAAAGAGAACCUGAGGGAUUUCUAUGCGGACCAGUUCCGCUCCAAGGAGGGCAAGGCCAUGUGGGAGCAAGAGGGUGGAAGUGGUGUGGGCGGUGGUAGCGGUGGUGGUAUCUGUAAAAGCUUAGUACCUGUGGAAGACUUCCUCAAAGGUAAAGAAAAGAAAUCGGAUGGGCUUGGCCCGGUGUCGGCAGGACAGCAGGCCCACACCUGCUGGGAAAAGGGGGUUUCAGGGAUAGGAGGGGGUGGCAUAGCAGGGGGUGACUGGGAGUGUCGUAACUGCCACAGUGUGUGCCACCAUAGUGGAGGAGGCAGCACUUGUCCAGUUAGUGGAGUUGGGGGGACCAGCAGUCGUCCCAGCUCCGCCACAUCCAAACGCUGUGACUCCUGUAAGAUUCAGCCGAGCAACCUUUAUAACAUUAGUGAGGAUAACAACAUGAUGUUCACUGGAGUUAAGGGUAGCGUAGGACCCAGCCAAACACAAACUCAGGCACAGCGCAGGAAGCUAGGGCCAGGCGGGAGGGUGUUACGGAGGCAGCACUCAUACGACACAUUUGUGGACCUGCAGAGGGAGGGGGCAGGUCGCAUGGGAAUGGGUGGGGGCGUUGGGGGGCAGUUUCAACAGCCCCGGAGCGUGAGCUUGAAAGACAGAGAUCGCUUCAUGGAGGGCCCCAGCCCUUAUGCUCACAUGUUUGAGAGGUAUUCAGGUGAUAGAGAGUCUCCCAUGUUUGGAGGGAUAGGCGGGGAUAGGGCCAAGGGAGGCUCCUCCUGCAGUUUGUUUCGUGGAGGCGAAGGUGGGUUGCAUCGGCGGUCGGUGGGGGAAAGAGACCUGAGGGACAGAGAUAGAGCUAUGAUGGGAGGUGGGGGCUGUGGUGGUGGUGGUGGUGGUGGUGGUAGCAGAGGGGCCGGGACUUACUCCUUGUCUAAAUCUCUCUACCCAGAUAAGGUGAACCAGAAUCCCUUCAUCCCAACCUUCGGCGAUGACCAGUGUCUUUUACACGGUGCCAAACCGUACUACAUCAAAAAGCCACAGACGCAGCAACAGCAGCAGCAGCAGCAACUUCUCAACAACAGCCGAGGAGGAGGGGACUUCCGCAGCUCCAUGGGAGCGACUUCCUAUUUGCCCGCAUCCGCCACAGCUGGGGUGAUGUCCAAUGUGGCCCCCAGGUUCCCCCAAGAGCUGUGUCUGGGCGGGGUGGGAGGGCCCAUGGGGAACCACCACGGGGGCAACAAGCUACUGCCUGGGGGCAGGGACACGUUAGGUUUGGGGCAGGGACAGAGACCAUUCAACGGUGCCAGCAAUGGACACGUUUAUGAAAAGCUCUCCAGCAUUGAGUCAGACGUUUGAGAGCGAAGACAGUGGAAGAAAGAGAGAGGCGAGAGGGAGGAGUUGAAGUGGGCGAAGAAAAUGAGGGGAAGAGGAAAAAGCAGAAACAGCGCAGGCUGAUGACCUCUCUGCGUGAAGAAAAUGACAAGGCACAAUUGUGUGUAUGUGUGUGUGCGCGCGCGCGUGUGUGCUGUUCUCACUCCACUAAAUGGAAAGAAUUUGGACAAUGCGCACAGGCCACUGCCGGCUAAGCUGUGGUGAAGUCCGGCGGGAGACAAGUUUUUAAUGAGAAGAGAGGAUUCUGGUGCUGCUCCGAUGC